AUGGAAAGUUCUGAGCAAAACCGAUGUCGUUCUACCGUAGUAGAAACCAUCGAAGCACCACUACCACUAGUGUGGUCAAUAUUACGCCGUUUCGACAAACCCCAAGCUUACAAACGUUUCGUGAAGAGUUGCACUAUCCGCUACGAAGGCGACGGCGACAGUGGAAAAGGCUCCGUUCGCGACUUGACGUUGGUCUCCGGCGUUCCGGGGGAUUUCAGCACGGAAAGGCUCGACGAGCUAGACGAUGAGUCUCACGUUAUGAUGGUUAGUAUCAUUGAUGGCAACCAUAGGCUUGUGAAUUUCAGAUCGAGGACGACGGUGGUUGCGAUGCCGGAGGAUGAGGCGGAGAAAACGGUGGUGGUGGAGAGUUACGUUGUGGAUGUGCCGGAAGGAAAUAGCGAAGAAGAUACUAUAUUGUUUAUUGAUACAAUUAUUCGGUUUAAUCUCGUAUCACUUGCUGAGCUUACCAAGAAGAAGAUGAGAAUCAUCGGACAAUGA